AUGGCGGAGCCCCUCGGCGAAGCGGCAGAGGAGGAGCCGCCCGUGCCUGUGCGAAUCCUCGCACCUUCUGGGGAGGUGGUUCUGGAGGCGUCCUUGCCUGGUAGACAGUCGGUGGCCGAACUGCUCCAGUCCCUGCAGGAUGAGGUCCACACAGGGCGCCUCUCCUUGCUGCGGGGCACUGAGCUUCUCGCUCGGAGUACAAGGCUCGGGGAGCUGGGUCUCACGGAAGAUGAGUCUUUGUACUUGGUGAAGAGGGCCAUGGGCAAGUACGUGGUGCCGAAGAGGGAAGAGCGGGAGGGUGGCAGUGACGUGGUGGUAAAGUGCCUCCUCAUCGGGGGAGCUGGCUCCGGGAAGUCUUCGCUGCUUAAGGCAUUCAGUCGAGAGGACUUCAGCGAGGAGUACAGAGCUACCAUUGGUGUGGAGUUCAACACCUUGCGGUUCCAGUCUGAGGAAGGGCUUAUUCUCAAGCUUCAGGUCUGGGACACGGCUGGCUUGGAUCGAUUCAGAGCCAUUGUCAGUGCGUACUAUAGAGGGGCUGCUGGCUUCCUUGCCGUCUUCUCCCUCGGCAGCCGGGCCUCCUUAGAGGAGACCCUGAAGAUCGUCCGUGAUGCUCAAAGCCAGUAUCAAGAAUCUUGCCGCUGUAUGUGCCUGGUGGGCACGCAUGCAGACUUGCCCGAGCCGGAAGUGACAGAGGAGGAGGCUCUUCAGGUGGCCGCCGAGAACCGGUGCCCCUACUUCGCGGUUUCCUGCAAAACUGGACAACACGUGAAUGACCCACUCUUUGCAUGGCUGGAUAUGUUCAUCGAGCGGGAGGUUGGCGGAGAGGUGGCAAAGCACGCGUCCCUUUUCCUCUACCAGAAGCUCAGGACUCUGGUGCCUUCUGAGCUCGAGGAGACGAUGAGGGAUCCAGUCAGCCGCCUAGUGCCGGUUCCUUUCUACGUGCUCCCGUACAAGUUUCGCCUGGCGGUGCACAGAGGGGUCGGUGGCCUAGCCCAGGGAAUCGCGGCACCCAGAAAAGGUAGUUGCCCUCGUGCGCAUCUGCAGGAGUUGCAGGAUAUGAUGCCGCUCUGCACAAGCGACGGAGCUGUGCCCAACUUCCUGGCACGGCUCCUCGCCGUGCGCGGCGCGGAAACGGAGCAAGUUUCCUCGGAGCCGGCCACCGAAGCGGCUGCAGCGGGAGCACCGUCGGGAGUCCGGGAUGGCCUGGACCAGCUGGUGGUCGACGCCCUCACGGUCUACAUGAGCGGCUGGCGGAUGUGCAACGGCGGACUCCGGAGUGGCAAGGCUCCGGACUUGGGCCUAGAUCUCCCCUUGCCUGCGCCGGCACAGCCGGAGGCGGAGUCCGAGGAGCCCUGGGCGCUCUGGCCGCUGGCGGGAUGUGACCUGGAGAUGGAUUGGGGCCUGGAUGCGGGAGCUAUCAGUAAGUGGUGCCGAGCUUGUUUGAAUUGCUACGGCUUUUUCUUUCUGAGCCUGGUCAUGCUCAUAGUGCCAUGUGACUCCCCGCAAUUGCGCUGUCAACUUGAGCUAGCCGCGAUUAACGAGCUUGACGCGAAUGGCGCUUUUCAGACAAUAAAGGCCGUGCGGGCUGGAAUCGAUCGUGAACUAGAGGACGACGCGGUUCUGCAACAACAGGGUGACAAAUGGCUUCAUCGCUUCCGAUGCUUUCGGGAAUCAGGGUUGCGAAACCUGGCUACUGUCCGUGGCGAAGAGGUGUUGUGGGACGUCUCGGAGAACUACGUGGCCGAGCACUCGCAGGGCCUAUGUCAGUGGGCAGGCAUCUGCGCGACUUCCAUGCAAGCCACGAUCCUGGACAACACACCUACGGAAGACACCCAACCACCAGGGCAAGUGCCGAACCAAGCUACGGGAACCAGGGGCAGACUGAUGCCGGUUCUGAUGUGCUAUGUGAACGUGAAGAUGUUUGAGGGUGCAGUGUCCCGUGCUGCGCUUCAAGAGGCCCUGGUGGAACUGAGUGCCACGGCGCGGUCGACGACCCAGGCCUCUGCUCAAGCGUUGAGGCGACUACGCCAAGAUGCAGAGAAGUCAUUGGGCCUCGAGAUCAAGAUAGAGGACCCUGCCCUCCGCGACCUCUUUGGCCACCUUCUGCAGGUGGAGUCUCUGCUCUUCCAGCUGAGGCAGCAGGCCAUUGGGCUCCAGGAAGCUGCGGCCUCCUUCGCCGAAGGCAGUGGCGGCAGCUGGCAGGGCCUUCUGAAACGUCGAGGCGGUGGUGCUUCACCUCCAGCACAGGACAAGAGCCCAAGCGCUGGCACCGGAGGUCCUGAGACCCUGGCAGUGAAGCUGGGCGGCCUGGCCCUGGCGGCCAAGGAGUCGCGCGACGAUCUGAGCCCAGGUUUGGACAAGGCCGUCCAGACGGUGAUGUGGCAGACACUGUCCAAGAGCCCCAACGCCGGCGGCCGCGGCAGCGCGCGCUACCGUUUGGAGAAGAGAUUGCAGGAAGAGGUGCUCGAGUGCGUGGACAGCCAGCUCCUGCAGCACGAGCAGCUGCGUGACCAGAUACGGGAACGUGAUCGCUGGAAAGAGACGGCCGAGCAGUGCCAGCAGGAGUUGGUUGCCGUGAAGAGGGGGCCGCAGACGUUCAGCAGCUUCUUCGCAGCCGGCAGCCGUUCGGCGGUGCGAACAGAUGCGUUGCAGGAGUCGCUCCAGGAGGCUCACCUGAAGAUGGCCGCGAUCGAUACGGACGUUCUCGCGAAAUUGCUGGACAUAAAGGCAGAGGCUCGCAGCCUUGUCGCGAAGCCCGGUGCGGCCUUGGCCCGCAUCCGCUGUGAGUUUUUCGCGGAGAUGGCGGCAAGUUGGGCCACGGUCGCCACAGACCUGGGCGCCAGGCAGCGAAGCCUUCAGGGGCGCGCCUGCGCUUCACGACCGGCCGAGGGCUUCGGGUCUGGCGGAGUCGUAGUCUCUUCCACGCCGGCUCCCAGCCCUACUACGAAGGAUACGCCAGUGAGUCGGCCCAAGGAGCCUUCGCCGACGGAACUGCAGCCGCCUCUGGCAGCUCAACUUCUUCGUUCGGUUUCCUCCCCACCGGAGAGCUUCCAGGAGGCGUCCCCGCGCUCCUCCGCAGCGGCGGAGCCGGCACGUGACUCUGGUCCAGAGCUCCCCCAGAUGAGUCUGAAGGCGCGGACCCCGGAGCCCAGCGGCGGCCCUGGGGAGGACAGCCCAGUGCCGAAUGCGGAUGAGCUGCGGAAAAUGAUGACUCUGAUCGCCGCUGAAAAUGGCGGGAAUGUGGAGGCUGUUCUCCAGGAUCACAUUGCCAAGCCGGGUGGCUACAGGACUGCAGAUGACAAGCUGUACGCCUCGAUGUCGGAAGACGCCGAUGUGGAGGACGCGAACAAAGCCGAGGUUGCAGCCGAGCCGCCUCCAAGCGAACUGGCCUUCAAGGACGAUGUGGCGGAUGAGAUCUCCGUCACCGCCGAGGAUGCAGCAGCGCCAGCCGCCGUGCUAGCUGCCGACGAGGACGAUGCGCCGGAGGAGAUCUCCGUCGUUCAGGAUGCAGCAGCGCCAGCCGCCGUGCUAGCUGCUGACGAGGCCUGGCAUUCGGUGAGAGCACCGGGGGCUGCUGAGUCUAGAGCUGGGGAAGACCCGUUGCUUUGGACAGUGGGCACGGGGUCGUCCUCAGCCGCGGGUGUGGAAGCUUGUAAACCAGACGCAGACGCCAGACGAGAUGAAGAGCAUGGAACUGCAAUGGUUUGGAGCAGUUCACGGCCCUCUAGCCUUGUCAAGAAGACCCAAGCCACCAAGCGCUGA